AAGGCUGAAUUUUAGUGCUGCGUCUGACAACAAGCGAUUGUCCUAUGUGUACAGAGUCAAAGGAGACCAAUCUUGUCAAUGAGUGUUACUUGCGUUUUGUUUCCCAAAAGAGGGUUCGUCUAUGAGCCUUUUUGGCCUUGUUGACUCAACUAGAUCCCGUCAGUUGUCACAUUCGAAACAGUUUCUGCAUCGACAACAACAAGUCGAUUUCAUAUAUUUUGGAGUCUAUAUUCAUUUCCAUCUCACAUAUCUCCAAAUUUCUACUCACUCGGGCUGUCUAAACCUCUUGAGCUUUCAUUCUUAGUUUCCACUCAAUAUGCCGGAGCGCGGAGAGGACGUUCUGUGCUACCAUUGUAACAAUGUGUUUCCCAAAGAUGAGUUUGGCCUGAUGUGCCCAAGAUGUGGCUCUGACUUUACCGAGAUUAUUGAAGGCAGUGCCGAGGAACAACAUCAGAUUGGAGAUCAUAACUCUCAUCCUUCAAGCACGCCUCUUGCUCCCUCAUUAUCACCACACGAGCACCAACCUCAAUCUCCUCAAUCUCUACGAUCAGCGCGAUAUGAUGCGGAAAAUCCAUUCUUCAACCACAAUCCAUGGUCUGAAACUAACGACGACGAACCACAAAGAUUUGGAAGCCCUCCUAGAGUUAGUCGUCAUUCCUACCGUUCGCCAGAUGGCCGAAUCACAUUUACUAGCACAACUUUCACUACCGGUAUGGGUGGGCGUCACCGAAUUCCGCCGUCUCCUGAUAUGUAUGGCGGCGAGCCGCUUUUACGGACAUUUGGCACCAUUUUCCAAGAAUUAGCAGGCGCCUACAAUACACAAAACCGCAAUGGUCCACCUCCAGACCGAGAAGAACCAUGGGAAACUCCUGGCGCAAGUCGAGGUGCGAAUUUUCAUGGCGGAUCAUCGCCGAGGAAUACAGACAGCCCACAACCCCCACCAUUGCCACUAGGUAGUUUGAACGACAUAUUUGACUUAUUACGAACGGAUGCAGCUGGAUAUGGAUUUGAUCGGCCCGGUGGUGGAAUACAUAUAAUGGGGACCACGGGGAUGGGCCCGUUGCAUCCUUUAUCCUUACUUGCUACCAUACUCGGUGGUGGGCGCAUUGGAGAUGCCGUGUAUUCGCAAGAAGAGCUUGAUCGCGUUAUAUCACAGCUUGUGGAUCAAAAUAUGAAUCAAGGAGCACCGCCAGCCGCCGAAAGUGCGAUUCGUUCCCUACCAAAAAGAACCGUUGAUAAGGAGAUGUUAGGAGCAGAAGGAAUGGCGGAAUGUUCUAUAUGCAUGGAUGCAGUUGAUCUUGGUAGCGAAGUCACAGAACUUCCUUGCAAGCACUGGUUUCACGGAGAUUGCAUUGAAAUGUGGUUGAAACAGCAUAAUACCUGUCCGCACUGUCGCAGGCCUAUCGACCAAGGGUAAGUCGUGAUCUUCGCAGUUUAUGAGGCGCUGGGCGUCUACUAACAAUGCUUCAUUAGUGAGAGUGCCCCUGGAACCAUGAAUAAUCCUGUAGUCAUUCCAAGCAGUCCCCCGCAAUCUCCUCGACGACGCCGAUCUUCUGCAUUUGGUUAUGACACAAAUCGCGACCACAAUGGCAGUCCUUACCGUACUCGCCGCCAUCGGACCAGCAGUGGUUCCUCGUUCAACAAUAAUCAUCGUUCCCCACCGCAUCAAGCGGCGUCAGCUCCUCCAGAAGAAAGGCGAGAACAAUCCAACCGGGACGAGCCCGAACCCCAACCUCAGUCCAGUGGCGGAGGAGUUACAGGGUGGCUGAGAAGUCAUUUUGGCGGCAGCUGAAUAUUACAGAUGUGUAGUGAAGCUAUUUGCCAACUUGUACAGUGGCUCUCACUUUUCUUCUUUGGAAAUGGCGUGUUUAUAACAAAUACCAUUUUUAUUUUCUGCAUAGAAAGGCCAGGACAAUGGGACGAAUUUCUUAGUUACAAUGCAUUGCUAUUGAUUCAUUUCCUAUGACGCCUUCAUGUGAUUACAUUUUUGCAAUGCA